AAGACAAAAGACAAUAGAUCAACUGACUUUUCGCAUACAUAAUUUUUCCUCUUUCCCUUCGAAAUGAUAAGUUAUUUUGAGUACGGUGUAGAUUGGGGCAUUGUAAGACGUGCUUCUUUGUUGUAGGGCUUGAACUGCCUACUUUUGAAAGGGUCUUUUUGUUCUUCGAACAAUCGUCUUUUCCGACCCUUCUCUCGAUCCUUACUCUUUGUCUCUAUACUUGGAGAGAUCCUGAAGAAUGAUCUGGCCUGUCAACAUACCACAGAUGGUAAAUGGAAACGACUCUGGCUCUCCGUCAUCUUCAAUAGAGGAGGUCUCUCAAGAAGAAGAAGUCGGGAUAUAUGGUAAGGAGACUAUAAUGAUAUCGUUUGAAACCGAUAGCGGUGUUUGCUCGGGCUCUGAAGAAGGUUCAAGAGAGUUUGCGACAAGCAGCCAAGCGUCUUUGACCACUCAGAGUUCAGAUUCAUCAUUGAUUUUCAUUUUUCCUCCCACACACCCUUCACACACAAGCAACACACCCAAAAAAUUUCAACCUCCCUUUCCAUCCAGUGUGCACGAGCCGCCUCCCACUUUCCGUCACCCUCCCUUACCUCUUACUGCUAUCGGCCAUCGCCAUCGCCAGAAACAUCGUCUGAGCGUCAGCUAUCUUGACUUUACGCCGUCUAUCGAGACCGCACAAGCUCUUCACGCUAGCGCCUCUUAUUCUUCAAACGAUCCCACCACUACGGCACUUUCAGCACAAGCUCUCAUCGCCCAGGCAAAGCGGGCUCGGACAAAAAGCAUCCGGAAACGGCGAUCUUCAGCUCCGUCACUUUCAUCACCUUCAACUGUACGCCGAUCAAACACAUCGUCAUCCAUCAUCAGCACCAUCAGCAUGCCCCGAGCAUCCCCCUUUGGCCCAUGUGAAUCUGCCAUCAAUAAUGGCGAGAGCCCACCUGCUUCUCCUCACACACCCGUCUCCCCCACCAGAUCGAACGGCCGGGAGCCUGGUAGUCCUUGGCGAGGAUUGAGGAGGGCGUUGUCUCUAAGUUCGAGAGAGAGUAGCAACGCCAAGCGGGGGUCGUCACGAACUUCAGUACUGGCUAAAGACGAGGCAUGCAAGGUUAGUGGCGGAGAUAGACGAGAUGGUGAGGGGCAAAGUUUGGGCAGCAUUGUCCAGCGUCCACAGGAUAGUGGAGAGAGGUCGUUCAUUGGACCCAGCUCACCAACAAUGUCUACAGCAGAAGAAUGGGGUGAUUUGGGUACGCUUCCACGAUUUCCCAGGCCUCCAAGUAACGGCAAUCGAAGAAGAAAGUCUGUGCGCGGUCUAGCCGGGUUAGGACCUCCGUUGCUCCUUUUACCCAAGGAAGGCGGGGAGGGGGACAGCAGCAGCUCCGAUUCUGAGGGCGAGGAGGGAAGAAAGACUUACGCCCGCUCGCCAUCUCGAGGUCUGCCAUCGACACCUCCUUCUGCAGACUCACAAUCCAGUCAGGAAAGCUGUCUCCCUCCUCAGACGCCCAUCACCGACACAUCUCCGUCCUUGCCGUCCUCGCUUUUGCCACCGAUCCUGCUCACGCCGAAUACACCAACCGCCCCAAACACACAUACACCUCCUUCCGCAAACAAAAAAUUGCUGAAGUUGUUGUCUCCAGAGACAGUAUCGGCGGUUGUCGACAAACAUCACGCAUCUCAGAGGACAAUAGGCGAUUUUCAAAGUACAUCUUUGCCAGCUGUAGAGAACAAUAGCGACCCGCAGGUUAAGUUGCUACAUAGCGCGAUGCCCAGGGGAUGGCAAGGCUCUUCUCCCAUACCUUUGCCACCGAGCUCGCAGCCCUCCCAGCACAGACUGCAACCCUCCGUGCCCUAUUCCACACGGACCUUUCCCUCGUCCUUCUCGUCCCAAAACGACACCGCCGAUACCAUCGCUAUCUCGCCUCCGCAGUCCUACGCCAACUCAUCCAUCGCUUCUCCCAACUCGAGGUCGACCGCAGCUUCUGGGUCUAGCGGUAGUUCAGUGUGCUCCUACACUACUGUUGGUUCUUCAUUACCAAGCCACCAACAGUGGCAUAUUGCCGAGCGAUCUGCCAUCGCGACCGUUGUGGAGGAAGACAACACCGUUAUCGAAGAGAUCAGAGACGAGUUUAUUACCAAGCCUCUUGACGUGAAACGUCGAUCCCCUCUCACACAGUCCGCGUCGACCAAUUCUGUCAACAGAAGCAAGCCUACUUCCAACUAUUUUUCCCGCGAACGUUCUAACUCUCAACACGAAACCAUCAACUCUGCCCAUUCCAAGCAGUCUUCUCAAUCAUCUCAUCCAUUUGCAUCCUUUUCCCAACCCGCCUCACUGCCAACGGCAAAGGAAACUUUCCUUUCUCCCCAAGCACCUCGUCGACUUGAGCGUUUUGACUCUUCUGUGAUCAACAGCUCGAGAUCAUCACCGAACCUCGCAGGGACCUACAAAAUGACACAAUCGGUCCAGCAAUUGGCUCUCGUGUCAACAGAAGAUGACAGAGAUGGAGAUGUAACAUGUCCUGUCUGCGUGGAGCCUAUGGGUUUCACUUAUAGAUUACCUGGUGAGAAGCCACCUAUUGUUCCUGAAUGCGGGCACGCUCUACAUGAAGAAUGUUUCACUCAUGUUUACGGUGAGGUUCCACCAGAAGGAUCAAGAAAAGUUUUGGGCGUAUGUGGUGUUUGCCGUCAACCGAUGAAGCUUGCAGAUGGCGCGGCAAAGAAAGACAAACUUUCUGCCAUUAUGGGUCAAUCGGGCAAGUCUUCUCGCCCAGCACCAUCUAUCCGUGGAACAAGUGGUCGUGGUAUCACUCCUCUUACCCCUCCAGACCCGACCGCUGAUGAUCCCAUCGACAACUCGCGCCCUUCCGUAUCCAACGGCCAGCUACCCAAGGUCAUUGUUCCUACUCUUUCCAUCAAAUCUGAGUUCAGCACCAUCUCCAAGAACCGAAAGGGCAAGCAGAUGAUCACUGCGAUGGUCAUCAUUGACGUCCCUCCAGCACCCGAUAGGGGCAAAUACCCUGCUGCCACUCGUCAGCUCGACGAAGGACGAUUUUCACCUCAACCAUCUCCAUCUCCUACUUCUGCUCGAGAACUCGCUACCAGCCCAUCCCUGAGAGAAUUCAAUACAUCCGAUCCUUUCGCACACGUUCUCCAAGACUUAAAGAACCGGGUGGUAGACCUGAAGCAGCUUAGUGUAGACUCUCUCGGUCAACUCCGACUGUUUGACAUCCUCACUGUGCGCAAAGGAUCCCUCACGCGCGACUUCCAGGUCUACCUCUUUCAAGAUGCGCUCGUCUGCGCGGCCGAGGAGAAGAAGUCGGGCUUUAGACAGAUGUUCUCUUCAUCCAAUUCCAUGCGCAGUGAUCACUCGGGGCAUUCGUCAAAAUCUGUGCUCAAACUCAAGGGCAGGAUAUAUCUCCGUCAUGUCUCUCGAGUCUUAGAUCAAUCCACUCCGUCAGAGCUCAAUCUUGUGAUUCUUAUGGAGGACAAAUCGCUUGAGUCAUUCAUUCUUACUUUCAAAGAUAGGGGAAGUCACGAGACUUGGAGGGCGACUAUAAAUAGGUUGAUCGAGGAUAACGGGGGUCUCAAGGAAAGAGCGGGGAAGAUUCUUGGUUCUGGUGCUCCCCGGAGCACUUCCAGUGGGUUAGCCAUCAGCUUCUCCGACUUGACAAGUCCUACGUCAGCAUCCUACACUAUCACACCUGCUACUUCCAACUUUACGCCCGUAUCCCCCAAAGACCAAUCAUCAGGCGACCUUGCAUAUAACGUACCACUUGCCCCUAUACAUACUCCUAUCGAUCUUGUCCUUGUGCUAUCUCUUCCUGCGUUUACCCCUGGACAGAGUAUUCCCCUUAAAAUUAAGCUCAUGCGGUCUUCCCUCGAGUUUUUGCUCGCUCUUCUUGGACCGAAAGACCGUAUUUCAUUAGUCUCAUGUGAGAUGGGCGUGAAUGGUACCUUGCGCAAAACGCCCUUCCUGUCUACUACAAGGUACGAGAGUCGGAAACGUCUUGAAACGUUUGUGGAGACUCUUGGUACCGGAAAGCUGGAGAAGGAUGAGUUUGAAGUUUCAGUAGGGAGUGAUGAGAAGCUGGAUGUGGUUACGGCUAUGAACGUUGGUCUCGACGUUGUGUUGCAGCGUAAAGCCAAAAACCCCAUUUCGAGCAUGGUGAUCGUCAGCGAUACUACCGAUAUCAUCAAGCGAACUCAAAUGGAUCUCGUGGCCGCUCGUCUUGAUGCUGCCAAUAUCCUGGUCCAUGCUGUAGGUUAUGGCAGGUCGCACGACCCUUCACCUCUCUGGAUCGUUACCAACCAUACUCUCGGUACUUACUCGUUUGUAAAGGAGUGGUACCACUUGCGUGAGACUUUGGCCGGCAUCGUAGGUGGGAUGAUGAAUGUUGCGAUGGACAAUGCCAAGGUCCAUGUAUCUUGUGUGGAGAAUGACUUUAGAAUCAUGAGAGUACAGGGCACAACGCAAGCGGUGGUCACUGGAACAGGCAAGGAUAUUGAUAUUGAACUGCAAGUGUUGAGAUAUGGCGACUCUAGGGAGAUCCUUAUUGAGCUCGAGCUGGAGAAUAGAGAUGAGUCUCAAAAAUAUUCUGAUGAAGGGUCAAAUGAGUCGGGAGAUGGCUCCGAUCCUGCGAGUCAACGAGGAGGAUCUCCUCGACGAGCGCCGAGUUCCAACUUGGGUAUUGACAUGCUUUCUGUCGCCCAUUCGAGUUAUGACGAGGCUAUUGACGAAGUUCCGAUAUGUGAAGUUGACUUGGCCUUCCGAGAUCCCGCUGCUGGCCGCUCUGUUUUCCGUCUCCCCCAUCCUCAACUUCUCACCGUCGCUGUCAUUCCGCGUACCCCAUCAUCCACAUCCCCGGCCGACCCUGCCAUUCUUCGCCGACGUAUGGAGCUUCUUGCCUCUGACAUGCUUACCCGCGCUCUCCUCAUUGCCUCACGUAAAAACUACGUCCAAGCAGACCGGAUUUUGCGGGAGACCAAGAGGAUUAUUGAAACGAUGCAGGAUAACAUGAGGCAGCAUGUGAGUGAAAAUGCUUCAAGUAGGAGAGGAAGGAGUAAAAGGGAGGUGCAAGCGAUUAUGGCCGUGGAGGGUUUGGAAGGACCAUUGCAUGAUCUUGAAGCAUUAUUGGAUGGGAUGGAGGAGCAGAAGGGAGUGUUUGAUCGGGACUGUCGAAACUUCACUGCUCAGCAGUCUGGUGUGUUGAGGUCGCAAAGAGCUUGGACCACUCGAUCAUUAUCAGAAAGAACUUAUUGUGCUACUGGCGUCCAAAAUAUCAUACAGAUGUCGGCCGAGUGGCAAUCAAGAUUCCAGUAAGCUAGGGUAUUACAAGGGAAAGCUGGAAAGAGUUGUGCCUGUUUUAUAUAUGUCUUUAUCUAUAGAAUUAUAGUUGUUUAAUAAUCUAUCUUCCGUCCUCCCUAUCAUUUACUUUCUAAAUCGUCUUUCGCUAUUCCGCGGUAUACAGGUCGUGGGGGAUAUUUGUUCAUCAUGCUUUUGGGUGCCCUCUGUUAGUCGACAAUUGACAAAUGUAUCGUCUAUGCUUCUGCC